CCGAAAUAGAACCAAACUGUCGGAGAAGAUCUGGUCCUUCAAAGACCGUGGGUUAGAAUUCAGGAUCGAAUGGAAAAUAAUCAGACGUGGACACGGAUACAGAGCCGGCCAGAACAGCUGCGAUCUGUGCACGUCUGAGAAAUUAGAAAUCUUACUUCGAUCCUCUGACCCACACUUACUUAACUCCAGGACGGAAAUCCUCACAAAAUGCCGCCAUAAACGGAAAUUCCUUUUAUAAUCUAAUGACUCAUACAUCUAACCCCUAGUAUUGUUUCACGAGUGAUUGUUUAUGUUAAAUUUUAGCUUUGUAAUUUUGAUUUUAGUUCCUAUACCUCAGUUGUCACUGAUGAUAUCAUGGUUUUGUAUCAUGAUUGAAACAUUUGUCUGACUCAACCGGUCGUUUCAUUUUGUAUCUAGCUCUCGGCUUGCCGAUUGAGCACUGUAAGCAGACGACGCCACCCACAAUUAACUAGCUCUCCCUGGGAAACCAGAGAUUGAGCACUUUUCGUCAACUGCCAUUCAUGGAAUUGACACACUACGGUUACUCCCUAAAGAACAUUCCCCGAUGCUCAAAAGACGCCUACUUAAAAGCCCUGAUUACCCGAACUGAAGACUUCCUGAUCCGCCUGCGUUGGAAGGCUUUCUUCUUCCUUCUCGGCCCCGAGCCACCAGACGAGGAGAUGAAGGAAACCUACGGCUUCCGCUCCAACAAAUCUCCCCCUGUGGUAAAUGAGCUUGUGGCGUUCGAAAGCGACAUAUACCAGCUAAUCGCAUCGAUAAAGUUUAGGCACGCUCCAAGUACUUUCCUAGACCGUCUCGACUCGGACGCUGCCCGCAUAAAAUCAUCGACCACAGCCCUUAUCCCUACCGAUAAAACCAGCCAACAUUAUCGGAUCCCUAUCGACGAAUAUCAACGACUCAUUGAGUCCAGCAUCACAGCAGAAUAUCGUAAGGCCCCCGCAGGCACCGCAGAGCAUAUUGAGAAUAAGGCAGCCUCCAUCGCCGCCCGCUUAGACCUGAAGGGACGGAUGCAACGCUUCGAAACGUCCCAGGCAUUCGUACUGCUCAAGGACCAUAAGCCAAAUUUCGCUACUAACCUUCCUUGUCGCCUGAUAAAUCCAGCCAAGUCAGAUGUUGGACGAGUUAGCAAAAAAAUCCUCGAGAAAUUCACCGCCCAACUCCGUACUUCUUCCUCUGUCAACCAGUGGCGGAGCACCGGAGAGGUUAUUUCUUGGUUCGAGACCAACUGUACACCCGGGCAUGUCCAGUUUCUCCAGUUCGACAUUGAGUCGUUCUAUCCUUCCAUCAGUGAGAAUCUUCUAGACAGGGCCCUCCAGUUUGCACAAGAACACAUCAACAUCUCAGAGGAAGACAUCGACACCAUCAAACACAGCCGACUCUCCCUCUUGUUCUGUCCGCGAGGGGAAACCUGGCAGAGAAAGGACUCCCUGUUCGAUGUAACAAUGGGUGCCCCCGACGGCGCAGAAGUAUGCGAGCUGGUUGGUGUGUACCUACUAUCCCAGAUCGGAGAUAUCCUCCCACAACAAUCCCACGGCCUCUAUAGGGACGAUGGACUCGUGAUGCUGACAGACACACCCGGCCCCAGAAUGGAGCGGAUUCGGAAGGAUUUGUUUGCUACAUUCCGGAGAGAGGGCUUGAAGAUCACUGUGUCCCCACCAUCCACAUCUGUUGACUUCCUCGACGUCACCUUCCGAUCGGAUGGCUCCUUCCGGCCAUUCCGCAAAGCGGAGAAGGUAACGAAAUAUGUACACCGCCAGUCAAAUCACCCACCGUCCAUCAUCCGCAACAUCCCGGAGAUGAUCGCUGACCGAAUCAACAGCAUAUCUUCCUGUAAGGAGGUGUUCGACGACGCCAAGCCUUACUACGAGGAUGCUUUGAAGUCAAGCGGCUAUAUGGACUCGUGCAUGACCUACAACACCCAGGCAGGCGAGGCAAAACCACCACGUAAUAGAAGGAGGAAACGCAGGGUCCUUUGGUUCAAUCCCCCCUUCUCUGUCACUGUGGAGACCAAUGUUGGAAGGAAAUUCUUCAAUCUGUUGGAGAAACACUUCCCUCAGGACAAUCCACUACACAAGAUCUUGAACCGGAACAGUGUAAAAGUCUCAUACAGCUGUAUGAAAAACAUGGAAUGCCUCAUAAAAUCCCGGAACAAGCAGUUGCUUCGUCAGCACCAGGAAACCCAGGAACCCACCACACGGCAGUGCAACUGCCGCUCCAGGAACUCCUGCCCACUAGACGGAAAGUGCCUAUCGAAGUCUGUGGUAUACAUGGCGACCCUCCGUACGGAAAAUGAGAAGCACCACUACAUCGGAAUGACGGAGGGCACAUUCAAGGACCGGUACAACGGGCACACGUCAUCAUUUCGCCUGGAGCGGUACCGAAAUAGAACCAAACUGUCGGAGAAGAUCUGGUCCUUCAAAGACCGUGGGUUAGAAUUCAGGAUCGAAUGGAAAAUAAUCAGACGUGGACACGGAUACAGAGCCGGCCAAAACAGCUGCGAUCUGUGCACGUCUGAGAAAUUAGAAAUCUUACUUCGAUCCUCUGACCCACACUUACUUAACUCCAGGACGGAAAUCCUCACAAAAUGCCGCCAUAAACGGAAAUUCCUUUUAUAAUCUAAUGACUCAUACAUCUAACCCCUAGUAUUGUUUCACGAGUGAUUGUUUAUGUUAAAUUUUAGCUUUGUAAUUUUGAUUUUAGUUCCUAUACCUCAGUUGUCACUGAUGAUAUCAUGGUUUUGUAUCAUGAUUGAAACAUUUGUC